AUGACCAUUUCGAAUAACGGAACUGAUUCUAGUUGGCAAUUAUAUCGUUAUACCCCUAACAAGGCUGCUGCUGGAAUAUUCACCGCUCUAUUCAUUGUAGCCACUAUUUUGUCGAUCCUGACUCUUUACAGAUGUGCCACGAAAAAUAAACAUACCGUAUAUCCAUCAUCUUCAACAGCAAAUGGGUUUUCAUUACGUUUUUAUUCUCCAGUCAAGUUGAUUGGUCCAUAUAUUCCUUCUAUAGUGGGAUGUGCUCUGGAAGUCAUUGGUUACAUAGCACGUUGUGUCUCAUGUAAUAACCAAACCAAGAUAACGCCGUACGUGAUUCAGAAUGUUUUAGUCUUAAUCGCGCCGACUCUUUUCGCUGCUUCGAUCUACAUGAUAUUUGGAAGAAUGUCUCAUUUGAUGUUUUCAGAAAAUUUAAUGAUAAUGCCAGCGAGAUUCAACACUACAAUUUUUGUUCUAGGUGAUGUUGUCAGUCUUCUGAUGCAAGCUGGUGGUGGUGGUUUGAUGGCAUCAGAAAGUGGAAGAGUAACGGGGAGUCAUGUAUUGACUGGAGGCUUAUUUGUUCAAAUUAUCUUCUUUGGUUUAUUUAUUAUCAAUGAGUUCCUCUUUUUGUUCAAAUUAUCAAGAAAAACAAAUCCUAUUAGUGAAAAGGUCAAUUGGAAAAAGUUGAAUAUCGUUCUUCUAUUCAAUAGUUUUUUAAUCCUUUUAAGAUCGAUCAUUAGAGUUAUUGAAGCUAUUGAAGGCUUUGACGGCUAUAUACAAAGUCACGAAUGGUUUCUUUACAUUUUUGAUGCUUUGCUAAUGUUCGUGUUGUGUGUAUUACACGCAUUAAUCAUGCUAAAAGCUAACAUUUUCAAAAUUCAAGAGGACUCUAUCACCGCACAAUAUGCUAAUAUUCACAUUACCAAUUCCAAUAAUCUGGGAAGAACAGAAAGUCAGCUAUUUUCUGAAAAAUUUUAUGGCGAAAACAUCCAAACCCAAGAAUUUGGAACUCAUAGCUCGAAAAAUUUGGCCUAUGAGUGA